AUGAAUCAGAAAAAACGUCGGCCCCUAGUGUAUUGUAUUAAGUUUUCUACACUAACAUCUGAUACAUUGAAAACUCUAAACAUAUCUAUCGAAAAUUUACCACAGAAAUGUCAAAAUCUUUUACAACAAGUAGCUGAAAGCCAGUCUGUAUUAGAAAUCGAUAAUUUAGAUUCGGCUUCGAUAUCUCUGUAUCGUUCCAGAGAAUUGUCAGAGAAACUACAAGAUGAAUAUGAGAUUUUAAAACUCAAACAAAAAAAUGCAGUACUUCAAGCAAAGAUUGACAGAAAUAAUCGAUCGUUAGAGGAAUUACGCAAAGAAUUAGAAUCAUCCAAACAGUCGUUGGCAAGUCAGAACCCGAAUCCUGAUAAUAUACAGGACCAUAUCAAGCAGUUGAAACAAAAAUUAACGUCUUAUGAAGAGAGCUAUGAAAAGGCUAAGAGUAAAUACGCAGUUCUAUCAGUACCGGAGGCGGUAUUACCGAAAUCUCUCACAUCUCAAGUGACGUCACUGCUCACUCUUCAAGAGGAAGCCACGUCUUUGAAACAAAGAGCCGAUGAUAUUUCUCUAAUGAAAGAGGCCAGAGAAACAUUUAACAGGUUGAGGCGAUAAUAAAUAAAUUCCAGAAGUUCCUAGCGGUUUCAGGCGUUUACUUUAAUUUAACUUUAUAUUGAGAAGUUAUUAGGAUAUUACAGUUCAUCGAUUACCAACAAGCAUUUUAUAAAUAUUUCCUGAUAGUGUAUGUAUAACGCAAGGUGCCUGUAACCUAAUAUUUGUGCGAUAUAUUUAGGUGUAAGCAAUUGUAUUAAUAAUGUUUAUAUUGUAACUAUGUUAAAAGCGGACAAAAUAUAAAUAAAUAAAAAACA